CUGGCAGCAUCCAUCCACAGUACACACUGUGCUGUCUCUGUUCCAGAGACAAUAUAUCAGCUCUGCACAGGGAGGAGAGGAUUAACACAACAUCAGCUCAUCUGCAUACACAUUCAGGGAACACAUGAGCACCCAAGGCUUUUUCUCUUUUCUAUCUAACUCCAACCAUCACAGGACUUGAGACUCUAAUCGUUGGAGCAUCGUUCAUCCAAUUCUCUCUGUGGUGAGAGGAUUUAAAGGAGGACAGAUCUUUUGCGUUUCGGAUUUUGCGAUUUGUAUGUGCUCUUUUUGUUCACUUAGUUGAGAAUUGUCCAAUUGGAACAAUGCAAUUAAUAUUACAUAGUUUAGACUAGCUGUAAACAUCCAGUUCUUUUCCAGGGGGCCUCUAACUUUUUGGACUGCGCUAUAGGGUUUGCUGCUUGUUCAUCUGAUUUGGCCAACCUGACUGUCAGAAUGCCAUCCAGGGAGUCUUAUGAGAUCCGGAAGGGAGAGAAGUCCCUGGUGCACAAGGCUAAGCAGGAGGCCAACCAGCAGGACAUCCUAGUGGCUGCUCUGGGGAUGAGGAUCUCAGGACCCCAGAAACCUCCAGCCACUAUCUGGCAGCCUCUCAAACUGUUUGCCUAUUCACAGCUCACCUCGCUGGUCCGCAAAGCCACGCUGAAGGAUAACAGCCUGCCGCACAAGUAUGAAAAAGUCCACAACUUCAAGGUGAGACAGAUUGCCACAGGAACAGUAGUUCUGUUUCACCUCUUCAUGCCAUUCCACUCUAAAAUAUGGCUUGUAUUUCAGCAUGUUGUAGACAGGUGGUGGUUUUUUUGUAUUAUGUUGCUGUGGUGGCAGUUGGCCACCAGAAGGUCUGUUUGGGGGGUUAUGGGGCGAGAGAAAGCGUGAGAAAACAGGACUGUUUUGAAUCUGUCCACUGAGUCCUUUUCAAAAGGAAAUAUGUUGGGCGGUCUGUAGUCCACUGUUGUUGGUUUGGGCACCAGAUGGGGAUAUUAGGCGAUGGAAGGGGGGAACAGUGGAGGAGUGGUAUCCCCAUUAGGCUCCAGUCAGCAGACUUAGCCCCUGCUCUGCUCUGACUGUUUGGGUUAGUUAAUGAAGUGGGGAGCUGUGGGAGAAACAUUCCCUCAAAGGCUCUAGAACUGCUGACACUUACAGUACUCCUUCCUGCUUCCCUCCUUUCUUAUUUAUUUAUUACUCUGCCAUGCAGUCCUCCAUGCUGAAUGCUCCGUUUCACAAUUUUAAGGGUGUCACACAUUUAACUCUAAUGUUUCAAGCUCCCUCCACAACAGGAAGCAAUCUGGGCUGAUAUGGUUAGUGUGUAAUAGUUAUUGACAGAGCAUUAAAAUCAAUAAUCAUCCUGAUCAUCUGUACAACCAACAUAUCUCUUUGAAGUUAUGAUUACAAAAUAUUAUUUAAAAAAUGAACAUUGGAGACAAACUUAACCAAAUAGGCCAGACACAACAACUAGUGCUAAGUUGUAUGGGUUAAUUAAAUGUUCUGUUUUUUCCACACACACACACACAACAAAAAUGUUUUAUUGUCACAUACACCAAAUAGGUGCAGUGAAAUAUUUUAUUUUACAGGGUCAGCCAUAGUAGUACGGCGCCCCUGGAGCAAAUUAGGGUUAAGUACCUUGCUCAAGGGCACAUCACCAGAUUUUUCACCUUGUUGGCUCAGGUAUUCGAACCAAAUAGAAUAAGGUUUUCAUUCCCUGGAAACCUUGAAUCACAAAAGAGAUUCUAACCAGUCCCUCCUGCAAAUAGUAUAGUCUGAUGAACUGCUAAUCCUCUCAUGCCUUCCCUGCUCCCAUAGUGAGUUAACAGUGUAUUGGUGAUGGCCCUAGUAUUCUCACCUCAUAUCAAAGGGCCAUUAUUGCCACCGUCGUGUAGGAAAACACCUCAGAGCGUGGCAGCUCUGCCUCCUCCCCAGAGGUCUGGAUCAGGCACUCCUGAUUGGCUGAGCUGUUGUUAUGUUGCCUGGUGGAGUGGGAGCUCCCUUCCCUGCGUGAGAAUCCUUUUACUGUUGCCGUAGCACAUUUCCAUGACAACAUACCCCCUCACACUGGCACAGGGUCAACGGUGCCCACCAACCCUCCCCCGUUCUCCAUCAGCAUCACAUCACCACCACUACUAUUCAGCCUGGACACUCAUUAACGGUUAGAGUGGAUUAGGCAUCCUGUCAGAUUUGACUGGGCUCUAAACAUCCCUCAUCUACAACACACACACAGAUAAUCCCCUUAUCUGGCUAGUUUAAGACACCAGCAUUGUGGUUUUCUCCAGGACAACCUGGGGAAGGUGUGGUACCUAUGCAGUACAUGACUGCAGCUUCUGACUGCCAUCUCUCUCUCUCUCUCUCUCUCUCUCUCUCUCUCUCUCUCUCUCUCUCUCUCUCUCUCUCUCUCUCUCGCAUUCUCUCGCAUUCUCUCUCUCUCUCUCUCUCUCUCUCUCUCUCUCGCUCUCUUUCUAUCCUCCAGGUCCACACGUUCCGGGGACCUCACUGGUGUGAAUACUGUGCCAACUUCAUGUGGGGGCUGAAGGCUCAGGGAGUCAAAUGUGCAGGUACAUACUGUACUAUACUUAACAGUAGAUAGCCACUAUACAGCUGCUGCUGGCUGCUGUUACUUAACUAAAUGCUGUUCUCUAUUUAUGUAAUGGACUUUGAUGUUCUCACCCCAGUAUGUGGGUAACCUGGUUUUUAAUGUGAGUGUUUGUAAGUAUGUGUCAUAUUGCAUCCCUUAAUCUAAAAUCCCACCAUGUGUUGGGAACAGAUUAGAGGAGUUGUAUAAUAGAGUGAAAUCAGAACUCAGUAUCAAGCAUUUACUCAGUGUGAUGUAAUCCAUACUCCCACUAAUGUGAAUGCCUUGCUUUAAGAGCAGAUUGUGUGUUACCGUACUAAUGAAUGAGAGGUCAAUGAGUUUACUUAUGGCUACUAUUCCACUGUUCAAAUGACAAGCUUUAAUGCAAAUAUCCUGGAGUUCCCAUAUUCUCACAUAAUGUUCAAAGCAGUUGUUUUCCACUCAACGUCAGACUAAUAGUGGACUUAUAUGCACUCUAUAUGCACUCCAUAUCCUGUCAUAUUGAUCAGUCCAUUAUCAUAAUGUACAGUGGCGUCCAGACUCAGACUGUCUCUCUCUCUCUCUCUCUCUCUCUCUCUCUCUCUCUCUCUCUCUCUCUCUCUCUCUCUCUCUCUCUCUCUCUCUCUCUCUCUCUCUCUCUCUCUCUCUCUCUCUCUCUCUCUCUCUCGCUCUCCCUCUCUUUCUCUCCCUCUCUCUCUCGCCCUUUCUCUCUCUCUCUCUCUCUCUCCCCCUUUCUCUCUUUCUCUCGCCCUCUCUCUCUUCUGUCUUCUCUCGCUCUCUCUAGCUCUCUCUCUCUCUCUCUCUCUCUCUCUCUGUGCUCCAGUUGCAGGGGAAGUGGGGGGUUGAGAAUGCCUGUGUGGAUUCAUGUGGAAAUACUCACUUGAUGGUCUCUGAAUAGAUUCACAAUGUUCUAACGCGUACGCCUAGGCCUAUUUAUCCAAUCAGGACUGAUAUUACUAGUUGAAGGAUUUUGCUGCCUUGUGAACAAUAACUAGUAGCUGAUGUUUUGCAGCCAUUUACAGGAUGUACAGUAUAGUCAUGAGAUUCCUUUGUUCCCAUCUAAGUGAUGUUAUUUUUUAUUGUUUUAAUGUAUUAUAGUGAUUUAAUAUCAUUUUUAAUAUCACAGGAUAUUAGGUAACAAGACGUUUCAUAAUGCUAGGAUAACGUAAAAAUGGGGCAUAAUUGUGGCAUCCUAUGAAUGUAGUAUGUCAAAUACUUUAAUGGGAUCAUAUUUUUGCAGUGCAUGCAUGCUUUGCCAUUGUAAUGGUCUCUAGAAAGGAUUAACUAUUUAGCUUGAGAGAAAACAUUUUUUGGACACACCACCCUUACAAAAAAAUACAUGUCAAAUUUGCAGUUUCACAUGUGAAAAUCGUAUUUUCACAUGUGAAAUCGCAUUUUCACAUUUGAAAUACAUUCUGUUUUCACAUGUUGAGCUUAAAUUUCACAUAUGAAACCAUAUUUUCAUAUGUAUUAAAUGUAGAGUUCACAUGUUAACACCACAUUUUAACAUGUGAGGAGAAUUACAUGUUUUCAACUUACUUGUGAAUUGCAGUUUCGCGUGAAAUUUGUGGUUUCACAUGUUAACUUUCACGUGGGAAUUGGAUAUGCAGUUUCACUUGUGAAAAACAUUCACGUGAUUGUUUCACAUGUAAGAAAACUCCACAUUUACUCCAAUGUUUGUAAGCAAAGUAAAUGUAAACAAACACUGUAUAGCCUAAAAACAUGGUUAAAACGAAAAUGUUGAUAUCAUGGAUGGUCAGUCCAUGCAUCCUUAGCGUAGUCUAUGGAUUUAAGAGUGGUUGCAUUUCUCCAGCCCCAUCCCUCAGCUUUUUUCCGAAACUGUGGCGGGGAGUACACUUGGUUAAUGUUUCAAUUAAGGAUUGCCGCUUUAAACACCUUGAAUAGAGUAAUAGUGUUAUUAUAUGGUGUAAUCUUCUAUUAAGUGAGUUACUUUUGUGGAAAAUAAAUGUAAUGUGGGGACGAAAAAAAUGACGAGGGAAAACACGUGAAAAAUGUAAAUGUGAAACUUCACACGUGUCUGAAAACCACGUGUUGGACUCAUGAAGAUUUCACAUGUAAAAAAAUAAUUUAAAAAUGUCUGAAACCACAUAUUUUUUCCAGAAUAUUUUUGUAUAAAUUUUUUUUGUAUGGGUAAAUACUGAUUUUUUGUCAUUGUUUUCUGAUAAAAAUAAGUUCCCAGGUGUUGAUCCUUCCUGAAUAAGGCAUUAAAGUGGACUGAUGUGUGUGUUUAACGUGUUAUUGAUGCGACAUAGUGAGCCACACAUAUGUCUGUGGAAGCUGAGCCAUGAAUAAUUUAUGCGUUGCCUUAGAAAGCAGCUGACAAUCGAAUGAAAAGCGCCUAUUUUUGGAGAUUCUCUGUAGAAUUUUUUGCCAUUCCUUCAGACUAAAUCCAUGGCGACCGGAAUCUAGGACAGUGAAGUCUUAUGUGAUGUUUGAAUUUGCAUUCCAAAAAUGUGCUCCCCCUUUAUUUCUGUAUGUGUUUUUGGGCAAGCGCCAGGAAGCCAGCCCCUGCCAGUGCUUGUUGUGCCACACUUCCUCAUCAGAGGACGCCCCCCAGUCUCAUACCAUCAUGCCCGUGAAGGAAAACAAAGCUCUUUAAUGUGGAGCGGGGCUCCGAGCACUGGGAAGGAACUCCAUUUCCACCCGCAUUAAAACCCAGAAAGCUAGGUCACACAGCCCAUUCUCUAUUCAUCCCAAUUCUAUGCAUGAUGGAAAACUACAUAGAAUAUUAUAUAUGCUGCUGCCAUGAGAGAUGGUGUUUUAUGCUGUUUCCAUUAGAGAUGGUGAGAUAGAGAACCAUUGGGGAUCCCAGGCACGGUAAAGGUUAAACUACAUGAUAAUGUGUUGAUUGGCCACUAGUGGGACCGGCCCCUUACCUCUUACCCCACAUCAAGUGUCAAACCCUUUUAGCCAAAUCAGGGCAGAGCUUAUCCUCACUGGAGUGUCUUCUCCUCGCCAUGGCAACAGAGCUGACAGUGCAGUAAAGCAGUGUCUUUCUGCAGGCUCCCUCGGGGCUCUCCCACCCCACCUGGGACCCAGGGGCCAUCAGUGUGUGUGUGUGUGCUUGCGUGCUCACAUGCACAACACCAGUUCAGCAGCCUUGUGUCUGGUGAGAGGCUGCCCUCUAUUACACUGCCUGUCUCAUACCCUUAAGAGAAUCAUCUCUUAAAGGUAAUUACAUUUCUGCAUCAAUGCAUAUGAAUAAAGCCUUGCGAAAUUUCUCUGAGGGCUCAUGUUAAUCAAAAUCUGUGUAGCUAUAUCGGUAGAUCAUGGUCUUUUUGUGAUUUUUUAAUUAUUGAUAUUUGAGGAGCAAAAAUUAUAUUCAUAUUUCCUCUGAAACUAGGUCUAGUGUUGCCCGCCGCGGCCAAAUUGCUGCCUGCACGGCCAUUGUGUGCGAGCCCAGAUUCUGGAGGAGAAUGGAGCGUGCAGGCCUGACUCUCCCUCCUCCAGGCCACAUUAUUUUCAGUGCGCCUCUAAUUCCCUCUAAGAGUCUCUGUUACAAAGUAGAGCAGGAGUCGCUCUGCGUCUGCUCUCUGUGGGCUGCUGUGCUUAUUAGUGUGCUGUGUUCCCUACAAGGUGAAACCUGCUCUGAUUCUGAGGCCCCAGUCACUAGCACUGAAGGCAAAAGCAGUGUGGAAGGCUCAUUGAAACUACAUAUUCACUGCUUAGAAGACAUAAAUGAGGAGCAUGUUGAGCUACAAAUAUUUUUGUGUGUAAAAAUGACAAAAACAAACCAAGCCACAUAGGAAAAUCCUGAAUAAAUUUGGUAGCUAUAAAUUUGGUAGCUAUAAGAUUAAACUUUGUUGAAUUUGUUAUGAAUAAUUUUUAUGCAUGAACGGCACACUGUCUGAAUGAGGGAUUGUUUGUGGACCUGUGUUCCACUCCAGUGCUCAAGGUGACUCCAAUAACACCCCUGGAAGCUGACCAGAGAGUGAAGUCAUCAGCUAGGACACAAUUCUCCAGUGGUCCAAUGACAUGCUGACGGCAAAUAUUGAUCAAGAAGAUGUAGGCCUUAGCAAGCAAAAACAAACCAAGCCAGUCGACUAAAAUGAAAUGAGCAAUUUGGGGGAUGCAGGCUAUUCAUUUUGGUACACUUCAAUGCUCAAUCUGGUCUAUUAUUUCUCUGGAAGAUACAGUAUCAUUAGAAGAUAUCCCUCUUAGGUUGUCCAUUCUGACUUUCCACUUCCUCCUUUCUUUCAGAUUGUGGUUUGAACGUCCACAAGCAGUGCUCCACUAUGGUACCCCGCAACUGCGUGCCAGACCUGAAACAUGUCAAGAAAGUGUACAGCUGUGAGCUCACAACCCUGGUGAAAGCUCACAACACCAAGCGACCCAUGGUGGUGGACAUGUGCAUACAGGAAAUCGAAUCAAGAGGUGAGCAGAAGAUAGAUGGCCAUGGCUCUAUUCAAAUACUUGAAAAUUACACUAUUCACUCCCUCUUUCCUUUUCGGGAAAUGUUAUAUUUUGAGAAUUGUAAUGGAAUUGUAAUGUAAAGUAAUGUAAUGGCUAGAUGUAUCAAUCACCAUGUGGACUUGCACACAAACCCAAUUCAGUGUAGGUAGUAGAAGGUGAAGGACUAAUGAUUGUAAUGUUGGUCCUAUCCAUUAAUAUGAUGUGGAGAGCUGAUGGGAGGCCUGGUAAUUGUACAUAUGUAAUGGAGAAUAGUUUACUGUGUUGUUGCUGCUUCAGUUGAUAACAUUCCAGUAUAAUCACUCAACGAUGUAGAAGCCUUAUUUCUACCUCAUUGUCUAGCCCGGUAAUCUACGUGUGUAACUAAUGCUAUGUUUGAUUUAUGUCUUUAUUAUUUUGUCCAGUGAUGCAGAAAACGAUUUGCAUCUGUCCAUGUUAUUCCCUGUGUGCUAUUGUAGACAUUCUUAAUUUCUCAUGCAUAUUGAAGAGCUGUUAAUUAAAUUAUCUAUGUUGCCCAAGGUGACCGCUGAAGGUGAAUUUGCCUGUAUUUAUUUUGCUCUUGGAUGCCCACUUCAGUCCUAUGUUAUGUAUAGCAGAAUGUUUCAUUAAACCCUCUCUAUCUCUCUGUCAUAGGUCUGAAGUCUGAAGGGCUCUACAGAAUAUCAGGAUUCAGUGAUUCAGUCGAAGAUGUCAAGUCGGCAUUUGACAGAGGUAUGUCCUCUUUUGACACCCUAUCCUUCUGUUUGGGUGUUAACAAACCCCUCGGGUGCCUCUCACAAUAGCAUGCUUGUCAGCUCUUAGCGCCUCUAUGUGUACUCAAUGUGAUGGUUUACAUUGAACUAAUCUUUGAGUUAAAUGUUGACAAUGCGAUGUGUUUACAUAUUUGGGAUUAAUGGGAAAGUGACACAUUUGUGGAGAGAUUAAUCUCCAUCUGGGAGAGCACGGCUUGUCCUGACACGGUCCACUCACAGGAUUUACAGACAGGGCCAUGGGCCAGCUCUGGGGAUGGCAAAUGAUUGGACUAGUCCAAAGACCGUAGCUGACCGAAAUGUAAUUCACCGUAGUAUUAAACCUCCAACUUAAUUUAUCUACUCCAGUUAAAGAGGUAGUUAGUCUGCCCCAUUCUCUGCCCAGUGCAGAGUGAGUUUAGAAAUGGAUUGGGGGACCCUGGAGCUAUGGGCUAAACCUUAGAUAGACCAGUGUAUGGGAGAUCACCCAUGACAGAGUGUCAUUCCAGCUCACAACACUGUGAUAUGGAGACCCUCAGCAGAAUUAGGCCAUGGCCUGCUCUGGAUGCCAUGUAGAACUCAGGAGCAGUCAGAGUAAAACAGGCCAGGCGAAUCAAAGCAGAGGACCAGCCUAGAUUUCAUCCCCCACAGUGACACAUCCCUUUAUUCCUCACUUCUUCACACUACGCCACAAGCACACCAUGCUGAUUAAACUAAAUUUCCUUGAGUUCAAUCAGCAAAAAUUUUUUAACGCAGUGUCUUAUGCACGUCCAGACAGUUUUUUCCUAUUUUCUAACGAAUGUGUUCUAUCUCUUCACAGAUGGUGAGAAGACAGACAUCUCUGCGAACGCAUAUGAAGAUAUCAACAUCAUCACGGGAGCACUUAAACUGUACCUCAGGGAUUUACCCAUUCCUGUCAUCUCAUACGAUGCCUACCCCAGGUUCAUUGAGGUUGCAAGUGAGUUCAACAUAAGCAGCUUUUUCCUCUUCUCGGCUAGUUAAAACUAUAUAUAAUUGUUUCAGUCAUGCACCAGCACCACGGAAAAUGUACCAUGCAAGAAGAACUGCCAUUGGUGUGCCUUUUCAUAUCUGUGGUUGAAUUAUGUAAAUCCCUCAACAUUAAAGCCAUGAUGCAUGAUGGAUGCAUUCAGUGAACAUUUAUCCAGGUCUUCCUUUUUGCUCUAUGAGUGUUCAGAAAUGAUUCUGCAAAAUAGAUCAUGAUGUUUUUGAGUUUUCAUUGCUGUGCUUUACUGCAUUUCCACUAUUUAGGUAUCAUUAUUAACAAUCCUGGGCAUUCAGUGGAGAAUGUAAUGUACUUUCAUGCUGUCCACAUAAAAUGAGCAUCAGAUGCUUCUCUCCGUUUGAAGUUUUUAUGGUUCUGUUUUAGAAAACGAUUAUUGUGUGGUAGUCAGUUAUAUCGACUUCAACAACACAUCUUGAGUGCACUCUGAUCUCUUCCUUGAAGGGGAAAACCCCACUUGUGUUCAUCACAUGAGUCGUUCCAUGUCAUUUCAGCAAGCCAUGACACCCACCAUCUCAGAUUGUUCUGAAAGUAUUUAUGUAGUUAGAAACAGGUAAGAUUCACAUUCCUGAAACAUUAUUUUGUUUAAAUUAAAUGUUAUCUGUGAGAAAUUAAGCUAAUUGAUUGCACCCAAAUUGGCCAUUUAAUUUAUAGGAUUCAGAUAAUAUUCAAUAAAUAUAGUACCCAACAUCCGAUUUGGACCAAAUUCUUCCUACCAAUGUUUAAGACAUGAUGAAUCCAAAAGAAAAGUAAAAAGCCACCCACAGACGCCUACACCCCAUGCCAAUCCCACCCCAACAACCAGUAUACAGUAUCAGUUCUCUAUGUAUGACAAGUAGUAUGAAGCUGCGGCUUGGAGUAUUGCUUCUCCCUACAAUGAAAUGUAUUCUCUGUGAAUCUGGUGAUGUUUUUUUUCCCCUGUUCAGAGAAAUUAGUAAUUAUCUUGCAUUAUUUACCGUAAAGUACUGUGAAAGUACCAGGUUUUGACCACUAGAUGCCACUGUACCUGCAAUACCGCCACACUCUUUAACCAUUUUGUUGGUCUCUUUUGUUUUAUUCAAUAGUUCACAACAAUGCCUUUGCAACUUUGGGUAGAAAACCAAUAGAUUUGGCUCAUGAUUAAAAUACAUUUUGUGGUCAUCCUCACAAUUCAAGCCAGUCCUCCAUGAAAGCAAAUAAAAGUGUUCUUCUUUUACGCUUUAAUCUGUGUCCAGGAAAUGCCCCCUUCAAAAAAGGUCUGGAUUAGUUACUGUUAGACCAUUCCUGGUGAACAAGCAAACCAUUAGCCUACAGCAGUUCUAAUGGUUUCAAUGUUAUGGUCUCUAAUGGUCUUCAAUGGUAAAAGGCCCAAACACACACUGUAUAGUGUUUUGCAAUUGUAAUGGUAUUGGGUUGCGUUGGGUUGGGUUGGGUUUAAUGGUAAAUGUCACUAGUCACAGUACAUAUAGAGCCACAGCUUCAGCUAUAAAUUAAAAUGGCCAAUUUGGGUGCAAUCAAUUAGCUUAAUUUCUCAGAGAUCAAAUUAUAUUUAAAAAAUAUAUAUCUUUCAGUAAUGCUUAUCUUAUCUGUUUCUAACUACAGAAACAAUUUCAGAACAAUCUGAGAUGGUGGGUUUCAAAAUCGUCUUUCUUGUGCUUUUUGAGGUGGAACAACCCACAUGAUAGUAAAUCAUUUCAGUGAGAACCAUUGAGCACGGAUGUUUCUAUGGGAGGUUUUGAGAGUGUCUUGUGAGGGUCUGUAGACAGAGAGACUGCUCUGCUUUGAUCCUGUGCUUCUGUUUGCUUCUCAGAGCUGGAAGACCCAGAGAAGCAGCAAGAGGCCUUCCGUGAGGCUCUGGAACUGCUGCCUGCAGCACACAGUGAAACCCUGAGGUACCUCAUGGCCCAUUUAAAGAGGUGAGUGAUCGACACCCUCUCUCUUCUCUACAAAACAAUUUGUUACCCUGGUGAUAUGUAAGAGCAUGUUUGUUUAUCUGAGACAUAUGGUUAUAAUUGAGUGCUCAGAUUGUUAAUUGCCUCUCCUUGAUGUGCCUCUUCUUCAGGGUAACAUUGAAUGAGAAGGACAACCUGAUGAAUGCCGAAAACCUGGGCAUUGUUUUCGGGCCCACCCUCCUGCGUGCCCCAAACCUGGACGUCAUGACGGCACUCAACGACAUCCGCUACCAACGACAGGUGGUGGAGUUCCUCAUAAAAAAUGAAGACAUCCUCUUCUGAAAGAUAUGGAAGAAAAGAGUAAAAAUAGCUUGAUGCUGCCUAAUCACUUUUUUUGUGAAAGGACUUGAAUAGUAAGGAAUCUUUGUAUUACAUUUGUGAUAUAUCCAUUUCCACUUCUAGUGGAUCAGUGCUGAACCAUACUUUUUCUUCCCCUGUAACGGGUGUGGAUGAUGAUGUACCUUAAACUUGCAUGUCUGUCUCCCCAUUUUUGUCGGGGCUUGUGUAGAACACUGAUGGACCAGACUUGGCCGUGUCUUGAUUUUGUAUAGCUUUGUAGCGGUAACCCAGCAUGUGGUAAAGAUUGUGAAAUUGUUACUCUGCUAUUAUUUGUUCUGUAGAUUUACAGUAUCUCCCGCACGGUUUUUGUGAAACGUUGUAUACCUGGAUGUGAAAUAGACUACUGUAUCUUCUCUGAACUUUUGUAAUGAUCUUUGACUGAAUGUGUAUUUUUU